AUGGUGAGGGUUGACUGGAAAGGUGAGGAGUCGACCACCGUUCUAAUCCUGCUUGAGGAAGUACUGAAAAACCUAAGGAUCAAUCUCCUAUUGUUAGACAGGCUUGUCCGGGUAAAUGAUAAAUCAUGCAUAGACAAUCUUCGAAUGGAUAGAAACACAUUUGGUAGAUUAUGUCGUCUUUUGCGUGACCGAGUUGGGUUAAUAGAUCAGAAAUUUGUUACAGUUGAAGAACAAGUAGCUAUGUUUUUAUGCAUUCUAUCCCACCACAAGAAGACACGGAUUGUUGGUCACAACUUCAUGCGUUCUUCACAAACUGUGUCGAAAUAUAUGUAUAUUGUGCUCCGUGGGGUACUUACAUUACACGAGGUGUUUUUAGUGAAACCCGAGCCAGUAGAUGAUGCUUGCACAGACCCACGAUGGACCUGGUUUAAGGGAUGCCUUGGAGCUUUGGAUGGUACGUAUAUCAACGUCAGGGUUCCUAUUGUGGAUAGCCCAAGGUACCGAAAUAGGAAGGGGCAGCACACCAAGGCAAGGAAUGUGAUUGAGCGUGCCUUUGCAGUUCUUAAGAUGCGUUGGGGAAUAUUGCGCAGCCCGAGUUUCUACCCUAUCGAGGUGCAAACCGGGUUGAUCAUUGCUUGCUUCCUGCUGCACAAUUUCAUUCGAGCAAACUUAGAAGUGGAUCCCUGUGAGGAAGACUUGAGUUCUCCUCCGGAUAACGGGGGUACCAGUGACAAUGAAGAACCGGUAGUUCAUACUGUUAAUGUUGUUUCGCCAAUAGCUUUAUGGACGAAGAAGAGGGAUGAUUUGGCGGCUGCAAUGUGGGGGCAAAGAAUGAAUGGGUGA